AUGACGGUACAUUGGCAGCAGCAGUUGUUGAAGUGCGAGAUGAUCAGGGCAUCUCGCUCGCCUCACCACCGUGCGCGGGCCAGCGCUAUGGCCUCUCGUACAGUGCAGAAGUCGGCGAUUACGAUUACCAACCCCAAUGCCAUUAAGCCUACAGAGCUGAAUGGUACGGGAUCAAAGGACGGCGACGCUAAUGGAGCUUCAGGCUCAUCGCCCGUCUCUUCUUCAGCAGCGACAACAGAAUCUCCCACUGCAUCUGCGGCUGGUGCUGAUCAUCCGUCGUCGACGGUCGCACCUGUUGUGGAGGUAUCGAGACCGUCCGCUCCGCGGCCGCCACAGAACACCUGGAAUUCGUUGGAUAUGGGCGGUGUCAAUAUCAAGAGCAUCCCGAGGGCGUCUGGCCUCUUCUCAUUCACUUUCCUUACCAAUCUAUAUCUGAACCACAACGCACUCACUACCGUUCCGCCUGAGAUCACCAAGCUGCGGCAUCUGGAACUGUUGGACCUGUCUGGAAACAGUCUCCUUAACGUGCCUCCGGAGCUCGGGAUGCUCACGACGUUGAAGGAGCUGUAUUUGUUCGACAACCACUUGACGACGCUUCCCCCAGAGCUCGGGACUCUGCAUCAGUUGCAAACACUCGGAAUCGAGGGUAACCCGUUGGAUCCUUCUCUCAAGCAAAUUGUGCAAAAGGAUGGAACCCCCGCUCUUAUUUCCUACCUCCGAGACUCAAGUCCCGCCCCACCUCGACCUCCUCCCCGCGAAUGGAUGAAUGUUAUCCAACCACAGGAACGUGAUGCCAUGGCGGCUGACCCUAAUGUGGAAACGGCUCGCGUUCUGUGCUAUAACAUCCUAUGCGAGAGAUGCGCAACCGAGCGCCUUUAUGGCUACACUCCAUCGUGGGCACUCACAUGGGAAUACCGCAAGGAUCACAUAUUGUCGGAAGUUCUCAGCCACGACGCAGACUUCGUCUGUCUGCAGGAGGUCGAUAACGCCCAGUACGAAGAGUACUUCUUACCGAACUUGGCGGAGCACGGGUAUGAAGGUGUCUACUGGCCAAAGUCGAGGUAUAAGACGAUGAGCGAGACGGAUCGUCGGUUAGUCGAUGGGUGUGCUACAUUCUUCAAGGGGUCUAAAUAUACCCUCGUAGAGAAGCAAUUCAUCGAGUUUAGCGCGGUUGCAAUGCAACGCUCUGACUUCAAGAAGACCGACGACAUGUUCAAUCGCGUACUUGGAAAAGAUCACAUCGCCACCAUAUCCUUGCUCGAGAACAAGGUGACUGGCACGCGCUUCAUCGUCGCCAACACCCACAUCCACUGGGACCCGCAGUACCGCGAUGUCAAACUCGUGCAGGUUGCGUUGCUGGUUGAGGAAGUCGAGAAGAUGGCCAACGGGUUCGCAAAGUAUCCGCCACGGCUACCGCCUACGCCAGUAUCAGCCGGCGGUACAUCGACUGCGCCAGGCGCGGGUGACCAUAAUGCGUCAUCCCGCCCACCACCUGUUUACACAGAUGGAACGAAGAUCCCCGUGAUAAUCUGCGGGGAUUUCAACUCUGUGCAAUCAAGCGGUGUCUAUGAGUUCCUGUCAUCCGGCACCGUCCCUCCCAAUCACGAGGAUUUCAUGUCGCACCUCUACGGCAAGUACACUUCAGAAGGUCUUAGACAUCGGCUAGGACUGAAGAGUGCGUACACAACCGCGGGAGAAAUCCCGAUGACGAACUACACGCCGGGCUACACCGGGGUGAUCGACUACAUAUGGUACUCAACGGCCAAUUUGUCGGUGAACGCGGUCCUUGGCGAGGUCGACAAGACUUAUUUGAAGAAGGUGGUUGGGUUCCCGAAUGUCCAUUUCCCAUCAGAUCAUCUGUGUAUCGUCUCUGAGUUUCGUGUGCGACCGCCACGAGACCCACAGCCUCGUGCGCCCCCUGUAUUCCCAGAGUCUUCUCGGGCGUACAUGUAG